UCCUCCUCCCUACCCUACGCGGCUCUUUUCUCCUCUCUUCUCUUCUCUCCCUCGAUCCGAGGCUGCCCCUUGCCUCCGGUGAUCCCCGCCGCAGUUAGCACGGGGCUGGUUCUGCCAUUCUGGGUUCUUUCUUGGUCGAUUGGUUUUUCGGUUUCAGCAGAGGAGGAGGAGGAGGGGAGGUUUGGAAGCCAUGGUUACGGCGGGGGGGGGAAGCGUCGCCACCGCCGUCAGGCCCGCCGCCGCCGCCGAAAGGCUCGUCCAUCAUGGGGCUAUCUCUGACAAGAAAUGCCGGAAGAAGGUCCCGAGGAAGGCUCACAAAUCUGAGAGGGAGAAGCUUAAACGCGGGCAUCUUAAUGAUCUCUUUAGCGACCUGGGUAAUAUGCUAGAAGCAGACAGGCAGAGUAAUGGUAAAGCAUGUAUACUGACUGACACCACCCGGAUUCUAAGAGAUUUGCUUUCUCAAGUCGAAUCCCUGCGGCAUGAAAACAGCACACUCCAGAACGAAUCUAAUUAUGUUACAAUGGAAAGGAAUGAGUUACAGGAUGAGAAUGGUGUGCUCCGCAACGAAAUAUCGGGGCUCCAAAACGAGUUGAGGCUGCGUGUGACAGGCAAUCCAGGUUGGAGCCAUAGUGCAACUGAAUCACCUCUCCCUGUUCCUCGCUCCCCAAGCACGGUUUUCCCGUCCCAGCAGCCAAUGCAGCCAUCUACCAUGACAAGCACAGUGUUCCCCUUGCAGCAGCCAUUGUUGCCACAACCAACAGUCGUUGAACACUCAUACGCCAGACAACCACUGGAACUGAAGCUCUUCCUAGAAGCGCCCGCUGUCGAAAGCCAGGAGCCAUCAGAAAACCUGGAGGCUCUGAACCAUGUGGCGCGACCACAGGCGAGGUACCCAACAGAGGCAUCUUCUUGGCCUAUAAGCCUAGGCCUUCCCAGAAUGGAAGAUGAGCAAUGUAGUAGUAGCACAACCUGCAGUAGCAAGAUAGAUAGCACAGGUAGAGAUUGAGUGGACCUGUUUGGAAUGCAUGUAGGAAUUUCACAGAAACGCUUCAGUCCUUACAUGAGCACAGAAAAACUCCCUGCAUUCCAAGUAAGUCCGGGGGUAGAUCACCUCCAACCAAUCAGAAACUCACUUUGAGCUCAUGUAAAUACCAAUCUCCAUUUUGGAUCUAGAAACUCUAAUGAGAAUAGUACCUGUUUCA